UGCAGCUGUGCUGGUAACAUCAGAGACGAUGGUUGUUUUAACCACCCUGAGGUCUCCCUGUAUUACAGAGAAUGCAAAAGAACACCAGCCCUUGGAAUGGAGUGUGGAAGAGGAUACUAUUGGCUCGGGGAUGCCGGCUGCCGCUGGGGACGGGCUCGGCGAGUCGCCCUCCAGGUUCUUAGCCGGGGAGAAGCCCCCCGUACAGCUGGCAGAGAGCUUCCUACCGGCCUGUGUCAGCUCCGUGUCCCGGGAAACUCUGCGCACCUUCCAGCACACCAAGCGGGUCGGCAGCUACCUGAUCGGCCGGAAACUGGGGGAAGGCUCCUUUGCCAAAGUCCGAGAGGGGCUUCAUGUGGGCACCGGAGAGAAGGUGGCCAUCAAGGUGAUCGAUAAGAAGAAAGCCAAGAAGGACACAUAUGUUACUAAGAACCUGCGGCGGGAGGGCCAGAUCCAACAAAUGAUUAGGCACCCCAACAUCACCCAGCUCCUUGACAUUUUGGAGACAGAGAACAGCUACUAUUUAGUCAUGGAACUUUGCACUGGGGGUAACCUCAUGCACAAGAUAUACGAGAGGAAGAGAAUAGAGGAGCACGAGGCAAGGAAAUACAUCAGGCAACUUAUCUUGGCCGUGGAGCAUCUGCACAGAGCAGGAGUCGUACACAGAGACCUGAAGAUUGAAAAUCUGUUACUGGAUGAGAACAACAACAUCAAGCUGAUCGAUUUUGGACUGAGCAACUGUGCUGGUAUCCUGGGAUACACCGACCCAUUUAGUACACAGUGUGGGAGUCCCGCCUAUGCUGCCCCAGAAUUACUUGCAAGAAAGAAGUAUGGCCCCAAAGUGGAUGUUUGGUCUAUUGGCGUUAAUAUGUAUGCCAUGCUGACGGGCACGCUGCCAUUCACUGUGGAGCCUUUCAGCCUGAGAGCUUUGUACCAGAAGAUGGUAGACAAAGAUAUGAAUCCUCUGCCCACCCAUCUCUCUCCGGCCGCCAUCAGCUUCCUCCGAUCUCUGCUAGAACCCGACCCUCUUAAGCGGCCAAACAUACAACAAGCACUGGCAAACCGCUGGCUUAACGAUAAUUACCACGGCAAAGGACUGCACACCUACCCAAACAGGAUUCACCUGGAAGAUCUCAGCCAAAGCGUGGUGCUCCAUAUGUCCGAGAAACUUGGCUACAAACACAGCGACGUUAUCAACGUCAUUCUCUCCAACCGAGCUUGCCAUACCCUGGCUGUCUACUUCCUCCUAAACAGGAAACUCGAGAACUAUUUACUAAACAUGCGGAAACCAGACAUCAAUGACAACGUGUGCCACAAAAACCAGUUUCAUCAGUUGGAAAAAUACAAGAUGAACAAGAACUCUUAUGAGGAACGGAGAAGUAAGGAUCUAGAGAAAAGAGGAGAGCAGCAGCAGCAGCAGCAACGGGCCAUGCAGAGGAAACUGGAGAAAUGUUCCCCCUCACACAGGCAAAGUAACUGCCUGACGCCACAAGGGCACAUCAGCAAAGGGCCUGUUAAGGAAAGGAGAUCCUCUAAGUCUGAGAGAGAAUCCUUUGGAGGGCUAAGUCCUUUCCAUGAAGUCAGGAUAACCAAGCCGGGGUGCAUGACGUCUUGCUCGCUGGAGUAUCUGGAAAUGCAAAGUCCAGACCCGAGGACCCCAAAGAUUAUGAGACGUCAAGAUUCCCACUCCCAGGAGACUGUAAAUGUGAACAUGGGAAGCCGGAUAAGGGAAACCCACCUCAACGUUGUGCGUUCCUUUGAGUCCGUCAACAGGGAAGACCAAAUAGAAUCGUUGUCCCCAAAUCACCAGUACAGAGUUCUUGGGUCCCCAGUGUCCUUCUCUCCCAGGCAUUCAAGUGAAAGAAUUCUAUCCCCAAUCUUUCAGUUUGACAACACAUCCCCUAUAAAGGGCCAUUCCAAUCAAGCGUCCUUCACAUACGAUGACAAAAGCAGUCCAUCAAGUCCAGAAUCAAUGUCGCCCACUUCUCCCCAUUCCCCCCAUUCCCCUUCUUGUAACAAUAACAUUUCUGGCAAUUUAGGAAGCCCCAACUGUGUGAGAAGUAGGGGCCGCUUCCCAAUGAUGGGCAUUGGACAGAUGUUGAGGAAGAGAAACCAAGUUGUAUCCCCCAAAGCAGAAAAGCCUCUUGAAACACGUAUGCCCGCAUUGCAUCAGAUGAGCCCAGGCUAUGCCAGCUUUAACUCAAGUGAUAUGAAUGGGUUUUGCUAGUUUGUGGCUUCUGAAGGACAAUGUGUUGCAGAAGUCCGGAACUGUGAGGACUAAUCCGUUGUAGGAGGAAAGGAUUUACUGAUGUACAAUAUGAUGUUUAUGUGACUUUAUUCUUGUUUAAGUUCCAAAACUGUUUGGUCUUUGCCAAUGAUACACAUGAUUCAAGGCUGUAUACAUUUGGGCAAAAGGGACCAAUAUCCCUUAGAACUCCUCAGCCUGCCUACUUGGUUCUUCGAAACCACGAACACUUUCUGCAGCUGUUGAUUCCAGGCCUGUUGCACUAACCCUGAGAUACUUGACUCUUUCGGAAGCACAAGCAGAACGAGAAUCCUGGGGAACAUACAUAUUGCCUUGUACAAGUUCUGGAUGAGCGGCAUUGCACAUGAUUGGGAAAUAACUGUGAUGUUCCAGGCUGUACAACACCGUGUUCUAAUGCUUUCAAGCUAAAUGUUUCGGGUCAUUUUGUCACACUGCUGAUAUGGUUCACUCGUCGUUGUUUUAUGUUAUAAGCUGCUAUAUGGCGGAACAGUUGGACAACUAGUCAAUAUUACAUGUGUAGAAUACAGUUUCUAGUGAAAACACUUCUGACCAAUAUGUACUUUGUACGUUUACAUAAUUAUUGUUCACCCAAUCUUUGUUAUUCUCGCACCGUCUUUAUUUAAACACCACUAUCACUUCCCCGUACAGGAGUGGCAGCGGGAUUCUUUGCCCACCUUGUUACGCCUCCAGAACAAACAUAUCCACCCCUGUAGCCCCGGAACUUUAGUCCCAGCAUACUUAGUAGUUAUGGAAUUAUGGGAGUUAUAGCUUAGUAAUGACUGGAUAGAAUAGAAUUACAGAGGGCAUCCCACACUAAUGCUAAUAGGGUCCAGAAUAUGGGGCCUAUGGUAGAGGCCUUCCCCUGUUUCGGAGAUUUCUGGAUACCGUUUUUUCUGCAUAAUGGAUCCCUUCUUGAAUGCACUGAGCAGUGUUUACUUUGCUUUGUGAUGAGUAUAAACAGUCCAUACACAGGGUCCUAAUAUAGGUUCCGUCAGGGUCAGACUGGCCUGUGCAGGGCCCACCAGGGCUGCCACCCCAGGGGCCCCUGCAGCAGCACCCACACCCCCAGGAGCCCCUGCCGCAGCACCCACACCCCCAGGAGCCCCUGCCGCAGCACCCACACCUUCCCAGGGGCCCCUGCUGCAGCACCCACACCCCUCAGGGGCCCCUGCAGGAGCACCCACACACCCCCAGGGGCCCCUGCUGCAUGCCCAACCCCCUUUCCUUUGACAAGUUGGGGGAGGGAGCUCAGUGGGGAAGCACUGUGGGGAUCAGGUCUUGGUGCCCCGCUGGCCCAACCCUGGGUGCCAUGGAGAUCUAUGUAUGAGCGGAGCAGGACCGUUCCAAAGCCUCUGACCAGUUGGUGACAAGGGGGUGGAAUUUUUCCAUACAGGGCCAGUUAUUUAGAAGACCUAUCUAUCUCCCUAUUCAUAAACAAACUGGACCUUAGGGGACAUUCCGUAACAUAUUAUGCCACAAUUUAUGUUGGUAAUUUUUUUUUUUAUACCCUUUAUUUUACUGUAAGCAACACUGUUUCAGAGGCCUGAGCCUAUUGUACACCCAACAUUAUUAACAUUUGAGUGUUAUAUGGUAUAUGCGUUAAUUGCAUACAUUUGUUCAAUAAAAUAAUGGGGAUUAUUGAUAAACUCCUUCCAGCAA